AUGUCUAUUGUGAAAAAUCUAGUCUUUUUUUUAAUCUUAUUUCUCAAACAGAGUAUAUCAGAUGAUGACUUUGAUCGUUUACCAAAGCCUCCAGUCAAUUAUCGUCAUUUUGUUGAGCAAGCUGGUAAAACUUAUAAAAUUUUGGGUUCAUGCAGUGAAGUGAAACUCACUGAGCCUAUGUCUCGUUGUGUUAUACAAAUAGGUCAUAAAUAUAUGCUUAAAUAUAUGUCUAUUAAUUUUGCUCAAGAAUCAACUGGAAGUGGAGUUAUAAUAUGUAAAUCGAUCGAAAAUUAUAUAUCUUCUAUUAUUAUUUUAACAGCAUUUCAUGUAGUUGUACCUCAAAUGGAUUUAAGUUUCUUCACGUUUAUGGUUAUUACUUUUUUAACGACAUUAAUCAUUCUAAGAGUACCUGGAGGAAGAAAUGAUUUUAAUAUGGGAUCCUAUUCGAUGGAUUGUCAACUAAUAUCAUCAAGAUUAAUAUUGUCAAAAGAUUGGUGGGAUGAUAUAGUAGCAUUAAACAAUAGUCAAUCAAUAUCAUCUGGUUCAUCUAUAAAUGUAAUUGGAUUUGUUGGUAGGCCACCCGUCUCAUUUGAUCUUAUAAUAGAUCCAUUUUUUUCCACAUCGUCACCGUUAAUAAUUAUUCCUGCAAUUCAUGGUGAAACGCCAGAACAUUUUCUUUUAAAUAAUAAAUUCAUGAAUUGUACUGCCCAAUUACGAUUAAUUGAUAAUCGAAAGUUGUUUAUAGAUACUCCAUCAACUUAUGGUUUUAGCGGUGGUCCUUGCUUUCUGUCAUCAAAUAGAAAUCAAUGGGGAUUUAUUGGUAUAUUAACAGGAGCAUCGAAAUUAUGGAACACAUGUACAUCAUUACAACAUUCAACGAUCUUCAAUUAUUAUUAUAAUGAAAUACUUUUAAAUAAAGUCGAAGAAAAUGUAUAUAAAAAUGAUUUGUAA